AUGUUUGACACGGUCUGCACUCUCCCGCUCUCAGCGGACCUGUUCUCCCAGGCCCUUCAUCCUAAGGAGCCAAUUGUCUCCGUUGGUCUGUCUACCGGCCACGUCCAAACUUUCCGGCUUCCAUCGGAGGAGAGCGACACCGACAAUGACGGGGCGGAGUCGACUUCCUCAUCACGCAAUGGCAAGGGACACAUUGAUACGAUGUGGAGGACCCGCCGCCACAAGGGGAGCUGUCGGUGUUUAGGGUUCGGCGUGGAUGGGGAGAUGCUGUAUUCUGCGGGGACGGAUGGGUUGGUCAAAGCCGCAAAGGCGGAGACCGGCGUGGUGGAAAACAAAAUUGCGAUUCCUCCUGCGAAGGAUGGAUCGGUCGACGCUCCGACAAUCGUUCAUGCGCUCUCCCCUCAGACUCUCCUCCUCGCUACCGACUCUAGCGCACUUCAUCUCUACGACCUUCGAAUUCCCUUCUCUCCUGUGUCUGCUCGGCCACAGCAGACCCAUCAUCCACAUGACGACUACAUUUCGUCUCUUACACCGCUCCCUCCCUCGGAUACCAGCACGUCCGGCUUCAGCAAACAAUGGGUGACCACCGGUGGCACUACGUUAGCUGUUACCGACCUCCGCCGCGGGGUCCUAGUGCGCAGCGAAGAUCAGGAAGAGGAAUUGGUGAGCUCCGUUUACAUCGGCGGUUUACGCGCGGGUGGAACAAGCCGGGGUGAAAAAGUGAUUGUGGGAGGCUCCAGCGGCGUCUUGACACUCUGGGAGAAAGGCGCCUGGGAUGACCAAGACGAGCGGAUCUACGUUCAGCGGGAAGCCGGUGGCGGAGAGUCGCUGGAGACCCUGGCGGUUGUUCCUGACGAGCUCGGAAAGGGCAAGAUGAUUGCCGUUGGCCUGGGAAGUGGUGGAGUGAAAUUUGUCCGGAUGGGUGUGAACAAGGUGGUUUCGGAAGUCAUGCAUGACGAGACUGAAGGCGUCAUCGGGUUGGGAUUCGACGUUGAAGGACGCAUGGUCAGUGGCGGUGGUCAGAUUGUCAAGGUCUGGCACGAGGCCGUUGACUCGGAUGAAAUGGACGGCGACACAAUUGGCGGGAAACGCAUGUUUGGCAGUGGCAGUGACAGUGACGACAGCGACGAUGGUGACGACUCGGAUGAUAGCGAUCGUGGGAGUCGCAAGGCAGCUCAGCCUCAGCGAAAGAAGAGGAAGAACAAGGGCAAGGGAGGCCAAGAUAUCAUGGGAUUUGCCGACAUUGAUUGA